CACUCCGGCCCCAUUCCCCCCAUUGAUCCCGACCUCCACCGCUCAGCUCCCUCCCCAACUUUAAACUCCCCCACGCGCGCGGCCACCACUUGCUAAUUAUGCCGAUCCAUCAGCUAACAACAUCCCCGACACCUACGUAGCAUCUUCCACCUUGACGCCAACUACUGAUUACCACCACCACCGGCCAUGUCGCUUCGCCGGCUAUGCUUCGUGCUGCCCAUGGACGGGGACGAGCUCCUCGUGGCUUCUCAUGACAACGUCCAACGUCAUCCUCGGCAAAAGCUGGGAUCUUACGUCCGGGGCAAGGUCGGCCGCGCGCUGUCCUGCCUCCGCGGCUGCGGCUGCCACGACUCCCGGUCAGUAACCACCGGCUUCGAGGACAUGGACGGCGUGUACGAGCUCGGCGCGAGGAAGAUCAAGGGCGCAGCGGGGCCCAGGGUGUUCAGCUACUCGGAGCUCUACAUCGGCACCAGCGGCUUCAGCGCCGACGAGGUCCUCGGCAGCGGCGGGUUCGGCCGCGUCUACCGCGCCGUGCUGCCCAGCGACGGCACCACCGUGGCCGUCAAGUGCGUCGCCAGCGUCGGCGUCGACCGCUUCGACAAGUCCUUCCUCGCCGAGCUGGCCGCCGUGGCCCGCCUGCGGCACCGCAACCUCCUGCGCCUCCGCGGCUGGUGCGUGCGGGACGGCGAGGAGCUGCUGCUCGUCUACGACUACAUGCCCAACCGCAGCCUCGACCGCCUCCUCUUCUCGCCCUCGGCAGCCCCCGCGGCGCCGCUCGGCUGGGACCGCCGACGCCGCAUAGUCGCGGGGCUCGCCGCCGCGCUGCUCUACCUGCACGAGCAGCUCGACACGCAGAUCAUCCACCGCGACGUCAAGACCAGCAACGUCAUGCUCGACUCCGAGUACAACGCGCGCCUCGGGGACUUCGGCCUCGCGCGCUGGCUCGAGCACGCCGUCGAGGACGCCCCACCAUCGCAAAAGAUCGAGCUGCUGCCGUCGACGCCUUCCGUGCGCUCCACGUCGUCCUUCUCCUCGUCGGCCAACUACCAGUUCCGGCUCAUCGACACCAGCAGGAUCGGCGGCACCAUCGGGUACCUCCCGCCGGAGAGCUUCCAGCCCAGGGGCGGCGCGACGGCCAAGUCCGACGUGUUCAGCUUCGGCAUCGUGCUCCUGGAGGUGGCCACCGGACGCCGGGCGGUCGACCUGGCGUACCCCGACGACCAAAUCUUCAUGCUGGACUGGGUGCGGCGCCUGUCCGACGAGGGGAAACUCCUGAACGCGGGCGACCGUAAGCUCCCGGAAGGCGGCAUGUUCGACAUGGUUCGGUUCAUCCACCUCGGCCUCCUCUGCUCCAUGCAUGACCCGAGGUCUCGUCCGACCAUGAAGUGGGUGGUGGAGAACAUCUCCGGCAGCUCCUCCGGCGACCUCCCGCCGCUUCCGUCCUUCGUAGCUCAUCCAAAGUACAUCUCUCUCACUUCUUCCUCUUCCGACGACUCGGGUACGUCCACUACCAUCGUCGGCACGAACAGCACAGCCUCCCCUGCCUCCUCGCCGAUGAAGCCCGUGUACGCCACGGCGGCUGGAACCACCAUCUACCUCACCGCAGAAGACGGCAAUAAGACGCUGUCCGGCGGCGGCUCGGGUCCAGACCGGAGCGGCAACAGCCAGCGAUCAUCGUUGUCGCCGCGGCCAGUGGUGGCCGUCCCGAACGUGGAUACCCCGCGCGAGAUAUCGUACAAGGAGAUCGUGGCGAUCACCAACGAUUUCUCCGAGUCGCAGGUGGUGGCGGAGCUGGACUUCGGCACGGGCUACGAGGGGUUCCUCGACAACGGCCGCGGCGGCCGGAUCCACGUCCUCGUGAAGCGGCUCGGCAUGAAGACGUGCCCGGCGCUGCGCACACGGUUCGCCAACGAGCUCUGCAACCUGGCCAAGCUCCGGCACCGGAACCUGGUGCAGCUGCGCGGCUGGUGCACGGACCACGGCGAGAUGCUCGUCGUCUACGACCACUCCCCGGGGAACCUCCUGAGCAACCACCUCCUCGUCCGGCACAGCGAUUCCGAGACCCUAUCGUGGCGCCACCGGUACGGCAUCGUCAGGGCGCUCGCGUCCGCCGUGCUGUACCUGCACGAGGAGUGGGACGAGCAGGUCAUCCACCGCAACAUCACGUCGGCGGCGGUGUUCCUGGACCCCGACCGGAGCCCACGGCUCGGCAGCUUCGCGCUCGCCGAGUUCCUGUCAAGAAACGAGCACAGCCACCACGUGGUCGUGCCAACCGCCUCUGGGUCGGCGCGUGGCAUCUUCGGGUACAUGUCGCCGGAGUACAUGGAGAGCGGCGAGGCCACCACCAUGGCCGACGUGUACAGCUUCGGGGUGGUGGUUCUCGAGGUCGUCACGGGCGCGAUGGCGGUGGACGUGAGGUCGCCGGAGGUGCUCCUUGUCAGGAAAGUGCAGCUCUGCCAAGAGCAGGACCGUGACGUGGAGGCUCUCGCGGACAGGCGGCUCGACGACAUGUUCGAUCGGCAGGAGCUCGUGAGGUUGGCUAAGAUCGGCAUCGCGUGCACGCGGUCGAACCCGGCGGCGCGGCCGAGCAUGAGGAAGAUCGUGAGCAUUCUGGAUGGCAACGACGAGGUGCUGCGGAAGUUCGAGCGGAGAACGGAGAGCAGGGUAGAGUGGGAGAGGAAGAAUGCGACAGCUCUGUCUUUGGUUAGGAGAUUGCAGGCUCUUGGCAUACACUGAAACAUGCACAGCAUACAAUCUUAAAAAGAGGCACGGUGCAUCAAGAGAAUCUGUAUUUUGUUUAUAUACAAAAAUCUGGAGCAUUUUGUGUGGAUAAU